CACACGUGUAUAUUUGUUUUUCUUCUCUUUCAAGCUCUUUGCUUAUGCAGUUAUGCAAAUUUCCCUUAUCAAAAAUUGAAAAAUUCUACUUGUAGUUACUAGUUACUCUCUUUUGGUUGCACUGAAAAUUAACAAUAGACAAGAAAGGAUCUAACAAUUCUGUGUUCUAUGAUGAUGGGUUGCUGCUUUAGUGCAAAGGUCAAAGCUGAGAGUCCUACACAUAAUGGUGAAAGGUAGAGAAAGAGUGAGGGAAAAAUCAAUAAUACAGAAAAAAUUCUUCAAGAGAAUGUUUGAAUUCAAAGGUUGUUGGGAGAGAGGAGGAUGUUUCGAGUGGUUUAAGUAGAAGGGCCUCUUCUUCAUCUGUGCUUCUAAGCUCUAGGACCGAGGGUGAGAUAUUGCAAUCAAACUAUUUGAAGUGUUUCACUAUCAAUGAGGUAAGAGCCGCGACAAGGAACUUUCGUCCAGAUAGUAUGAUUGGCGAAGGUGGAUUUGGUUGUGUAUUUAAGGGUUGGAUCGAUGAGCACACACUAGCUCCUACUAAACCAGGUACUGGUUUUGUUAUUGCUGUCAAGAGGCUUAACCAAGAAAGCAGUCAGGGACAUAGUGAAUGGUUGACAGAAAUCAAUUACCUUGGACAGCUGCAUCAUCCAAAUCUAGUGAAACUGAUAGGUUACUGCUUAGAGGAUGACUACCGGAUUUUGGUAUAUGAAUUUGUGACCAAGGGAAGUUUGGAUAAUCAUUUGUUUAGAAGAGCUUCUUACUUUCAGCCACUCUCUUGGAAAAUCCGAAUGAAGAUAGCUCUUGAUUCUGCUAAGGGUCUUGCAUUUCUUCACAGUGAUGAAGUCGAAGUGAUAUAUCGAGACUUCAAAACUUCUAACAUCUUGAUUGAUUCUAACUAUAAUGCAAAGCUCUCAGAUUUUGGGAUGGCAAAAGAUGGACCAGAAGGUGGUAAGAGUCAUGUCUCUACAAGGAUAAUGGGCACCCCAGGCUAUGCAGCGCCUGAGUAUUUGGCCACAGGUCACCUAACUAAAAAGAGCGAUGUCUACAGUUUCGGGGUUGUUCUCCUAGAAAUUAUGUCAGGCAAGCGUGUAUUGGAUAAAAACCGACCGUCUGGAGAGCAUGAUUUAGUUGCAUGGGCCAAGCCAUUACUCAUGAGCAAACGUAAGAUUUCUCAAGUUAUGGAUGCUCGUAUAGAAGGCCAAUACUCAUCGCGUGAAGCAAUUAAAGUAGCUCAUGUUGCAAUUCGAUGUCUGUCGGCAGAACAAAAAUAUAGACCAAACAUUGACGAGGUGGUGAGAUCGUUGGAACAACUUCAGGAUUCCAAUGACAAAACAAAUGGUCAUAGCUCAAGCAGCAGUGGUUCAAAACAACAUGGAAAAAGCGUCGAUGAAUCUUUAAGCGGAGAAGGUAAUUCUAAUAUGAGUUCAUCUGCUGCUUCUCCUCUCCAUCAGUAGAAGAAGAAAUUUUUGAACAUAUGACACAUACUUCAGACAGUAUACAUUAUUUUAAAGAAUAUAUAUACAGAGAUAGGGUGAUUCCUAUAUUCAUCAUCCAUAUUAUCCAAUGGCAUGUCUAGUUGUUGACUUGCUGUACAGAUUUUAACGCUAAAAUGUUAGUGACAGAAAUUUUUCUUUUCACAUUCCAACAUUUCUUUCUCAUUAAACUCUAUCAUUUUGUGAAUAUGAAAGUGAGUGCUAGAGAAAAUGCAUAUGUAUGGAUGGUGAGUUAAGUGCAUAUUUGGAUUAGUAGUGGAUCACUCGUUAGCACUUCAUAAUGCUUUUGUUUGAAAUUUA